AUGCCGAUCAUGGCACCUCUACCUGUGGGUUCCUCCCCGCACGACGUGUCCCGCAGACUCGGGCCCCUCACCAACGCAUCCCUGGCCGCUUCUACACAGGCAACUCCCGCUCACGAGGACAAUGGCGGUGAUGGAAACGAGGUGAUGGUUUAUACCCUCGACGACGCCGACGACGAGGGUCAGGAUCAAAUCGACAGACUGGACGAUGAGCAGGAGGAUGAAGAGGAGGAGCAGGAAGAGGACGAUAAUGACGACGCCGACGACGCCGACGACGAAGAGGACGAAGAGAGCUUCUACAACCCGGACCACCAUCACUGCCCAAUCCACCAUCAACAUUCCCUCGCUCACGAAUCUCUCUACUACCAAGACCCGGGUACCUACCUCUCGGACGACGAGGAGGUGGAUAUCGAGGCUGGGUACCCAUGGAUUGCGAACAGUGGCGAUGAUCUAGGAUUUGAUCCAGAAUUUGAUAUCAUUCCCGAUUCAAAUAUGGCCGCCGACGCGCAAGCGGCAGCACUGGAGGCCCAUACCCAGGCCGCAACCUUCGUGAGCACGGCGCCAUUCGUUAGCUGGGAACAACUUACACCCGAGGCCACCUGGGCACACGCACUCUCCUUUUCGAACCCAAACCCUGCCACCAUCGGUCCGUCAAACGACGGCCUGGCCGAGUUUCUUCACCACUGGGCACGUCAGAGCCGGAUCCUUCAAGGCAUGGCUCGGGGGAGCUGUCCCUGGCCCGCCAGAGUCAACUUGCUCCAGUCCUCCGAGGAUGAAUCGAUCGAGUAUGACGAUCUCGAGGGGGAUCUGUGCGAUUUCCAGGGGGUUGAUUGGGAGGAUAUCGGUGUCACAAGAAGGGAUGCCCGAGAGCGCCGGUUACUAACAUACAGCAACUACGUGAACAUACCAGGCUCGGAUAGGUGGACGCCGAACCUCCCAGACGCUGCUCUCCCACGUAGCGAGAGCUUCUUCCGGUUUCGGCGCAUGGACAUCAAGCGGAACAUUCACUUGUCGCACUUCCAACUGCGCAACGUCUUCGCAAGCACCUCGCGUUCGCGCGUCUUCUAUCCCGCCCUCGGCACCGUCCAGCAGUUCAAUCCCAUGUCCGGCCACGGCCGCGCCAUCAUGGAACUCAGCGACGCCCCUGCUUCCCAGAUAUCGACCCUGGCCGCUGGUCACGGCGUUUUAGUCGCAGGUGGGUUUAGUGGUGAAUACAUGCUUCGCUAUCUAGACUCGUGUGAACCAGAAAAUACCCCUUGCCACGAGGGCGUCAUCACCAGCAGCAUCAGCGGCAUCACGAACCAUGUGGCCGUCCACCAAGCCCGGAUCUCCUCGGCUCCGCGAGCCGAUUUUGCAUCCAACGAUAACUGCUUCCGUGUCUUGGAUCUUACCACCGAGACCUGGGUGUCGGAAGAGACGCACGACUUCGCGCCCAACUGUGCCGCCCUGUCGCCCGACGGACGGCUCCGCGUCAUGGUGGGGGACAGCCUCGACGUGAUCAUCACGGCCGCCGAGUCAUCACGCCCAGACGGCCAACCGGACGUUUUGCAAAGGUUAUCCGGCCACCGCGACUACGGCUUCGCCUGCGACUGGGCCGACGAUGGGUGGACCAUCGCCACGGCGUUCCAGGACAAGACGGUCAAGAUAUGGGACGCCCGGCGGUUCACCGACAGCGCGGGCAACGCGGCGCCGGUGUGCACCAUACGCAGCGAGAUGGCCGGCGCGCGCAGCCUGCGCUUCUCGCCCAUCGGCAGCGGGAAGCGGGUCCUCGUGGCCGCCGAGGAGGCCGACUUCGUCAACGUCAUCGACGCCCAGACCUUCCGCUCCAAGCAGACGGUCGACGUCUUCGGCGAGCUCGGCGGCAUCUCGUUCGAGAACGGCGGCCAGGACCUCAUGGUGCUGUGCUGCGACCGCGCCCGCGGAGGGGUCCUGCAGCUGGAGCGGUGCGGCGGCCAAGGGGGCGAUUUCACGUGGAAUUCGGAGGCUGAGCCCGUCACUGAUGACUGGCCGCGGUCCAUGUUCACCAAGGAGAGGCACGUGAGCAGGAGCCGGCGGCGCGCCGCUGCUCAUGCGGACAUGGACCCGUUCUGA